AUGGGCCGGCCGCAGCAGCUCCCCCUGGCGGGGCUCCUGCUGCUUUCUCUCCUUCCAAGCCAACUAUGCACCAUCUGCAAGGUAAGCAAAGAAAACUACUCCCUUUUAAACCCUCUAAUAAGCACAAUGGUCAAUUCAAAAUAUGCCGGAGGAAUCCAAGCUGCCAAUGUCCUGCUGUCACUCAAACUUGCUGGGGUCGACCACCAAAGCUUAGAAAAACAGCUGAUCCAAGAAGCCAAAUACAUUGAGGAAAAGAAGGAGUCAAAUUUAACCUCGGGACAGCUUGCCUUGGCCAUACUGGCUUUGAGAGCAUGUCAGAACCCUAAUGAAAGUGAUAAGCAUCUUCAGCUGGUCAGCCAACUAGAAGAGAAAUUCCGAGAAGAAAUUGAACAUAUGGGAGUACCUGGUGGCAAUCCGAAGACUAACUACUACCAGCUCAGCCUGGCCGUGCUGGCCUUGUGUCUGUUCAAUGGGAGCUACUCAAUCACCGAACUUAAUACAUACUUCACUCCUGAAAAUAAAAACUUUUAUUUUGGUGGUCGGUUCUCAGUAGAUACCGGUGCAAUGGCUGUCCUGGCUCUGUCCUGUGUGGAGAAGAGCGUCAGGCAGACCGACACAAACGGAGAGGACUUACAGAAUAUCAAGAAUUAUACAGAGUCACUGGCAAAAAAGAUUCUGUCUGAGAAGAAAGAAAAUGGUCUCCUUGGAAAUGCAUUUAGUACAGGACAAGCUAUGCAGGCUCUCUUUGUCUCAUCAGCGUAUUACAAAGAAAAGGAAUGGAACUGUCAACAAACUCUGGAUACAGUGCUCGAGGAAAUUUCUCAGGGAACAUUCCAUUUACCAAUUGCUGCAGCCCAGGUCUUACCUGCCCUGAUGGGAAAGACCUACUUGGAUGUUAACAAUUACUCUUCUUGUGCCAAUAAUUCAGGUCUCUUUAACAGCUCCACUCCUGAGCCGACCACACCUGUGGAACCCACUAGCCCAUCCACAUGGAUCUCAGUCAACUACACUGUGCAAAUCCAAGAAACGUUUUCCAUCGAAGUCACCGUGCCAAAGGGUUCUGUCUUCCUGAAUGUGAUGGAGGAAGCUCAGAAAAUGAAUUAUACUGUGUUUCGUUUCUCGUUCGUGGACAGCAUGUGGGGCCCCUACAUCACCUCUGUUGAGGGCUUGGAGGAAAACCGUGAAAACAGAACCUACUGGCAGCUUCUGAGUGGAGGCGAACCGCUGAAAGAAGGAUGUGGCAAUUAUGUUGUCCACAACAGAGACUAUUUGGAGGUUCGCUGGAGCAAAUACUAACACACUCAAACCUUCCUCAGCCAGAUCUAAUUCUUUUGAAGUGGAAUUCCACGUGGCAAUUGGCCUCAUGCCUUCCUUUUCUUUUAUCUCAAUGGAAUUGGAGCUUUAAUAACCCCCCUUUCUCUCUUUGCAUGUUCAAUAAAUAUCAACAAGUAUACAAAAAGAGAAUGUUCUGAUCAUUUUAUUUUAAAGGGGGAUUAUUAUUAGAGGGAAGACCACCUCAGGAAGAAGUGAAGUGAAAGAGACUGGGUCAUGUCUAUAAGCUGAGUUCUAUUCAAGGUUCCCUGAUAACUAGCUGGGUGACCUUAGGCAACUGGUCACCCAGAAAUAGGAAAAGGGAAAUGAGGUUCUAGGUCUACUGUUGCAGCCACAAGCAGUGAGAUCAAGUAGACACCUUGCAGGGACACUGAGUUCUCGGAGGCCCAGGUGCGAGGCAGGAACCGAGUGGACAAAUGGAUGUCAUACAGGCAGUGGGUUAGAGAGGAAAAUGGGGGAAAUGUGAAGCUUAUACAUAAAAAGUCAAUCCAUAAAGUUCGAGGAAAAAUAUCACCCCCUCCUCCAGCUGUGUCCUUUGGGUCCCACUUGUUCUUUUCCCACGUU